AUGAGCGGUCAUCAUGAGCCGGUGUUCGUGAGUACGCCUGCAGCCUUGGUGGAGCGGGGGAUGGGUGACGAGAGUACAUUGAAGUCUAGGUUGUGCCGUUCAGUGAACGGAACUGGUGUGAAUUCGAAGCAGUUGCAAUUGGUGCCUUUGAGUUUCAGCAAGCAAGGUACUGAAAGGAGAUGGCGGAAUCAUAUCAGUUUGCCUUGGCGAUUCCGUAACUACUGCUUCAUGAGCUUCUACUUGGCUACGCUGGUGUUCGGUUGGGUCGGUUUUUUUCUGGAUUCGUCAGACAGGCGAUUACUGGAUAGCUAUUCGGAGCCUAACUGGCAGUUUCACACUCUGUAUGCGGUGGCUCUCUGUCUGUGUCUCCUGACGUUGCUCCUGACCUGGCUGAGUGGCGACCCGGCCUGUGGUUGGUUGGACCGGUUGAAUGCAGCUGAAGAGUCAAACGGUGGAGCGGCCCUAACGAGUAAGCCCGAAGGCCGUGAAGCUAGGGGAUCUCCGGCGGCGACUGCAGAGGCCGCGGCGGUAGUGGGGUACUGCACACCAGGCCCGGGAGCAGCGAGUUCCGAAGGCGGCGGUGCGCUCGAUUGCGCCACGGAGCCGGAGACGUCGCCACGACGACGGCUGUUGGACUCGGGUUGGUUACGGAACCGAUUAGAAAGUUGGUCGUACGUGUACUUGGCGUUGCACUUGGUAUCGGCGGUGUUGUUGUUGUGGAGUGCGAUAUUUUCAGAACACACUCCAUUGGCAGCUUUCGGAUCGACGGAGGAUAUGUCCGCCCGUGUGGAGGAGUUGGCGGCGGUGACGGUGGUACUAAAAUACAAUAUGUUGGUAACGAUAUUCCUGACAUUUCCGUGGAUGGUAACGGCAUUGUUCUUUCAAGCACGAGUUAAUAUGAUAUGGCCCUUGUUAAUGCUUGAGUUAGCGGGUGUUGUUGGCUGUUACUCACUGCUAGGUGCCAAGGUACAUAGGAACUACGACUGUGUGAUCUGGGGUGUACUCAAUGCCUUGUUACUGCUAGCUUGCUACAUAUUCCGCUACCAUCGUGAACUACAAGAACGACUUGACUUUCUCACAUACAUGCAGACACAAAAACGCAUGAACGUACUACACCAAGAGGUAAUGCGUUUGAGCCCCAUCAGAGGUGAAACGAACAUUCAUGGAGAAAGCACUCUCGAAGAAAUGCUGAGCCUCCUCAAACAAACACGCAACCUCCUCACCGUUGCCAACACCAAAAUCCAGUGCCCUGAGGCACUCCGCGCAAUGGACAUUGUCAAGGAAGUCGUCAAGACAAUGUCCAUUGGCGGCGACCUUUUCAAGGUCCGAUUCGCCAAUAUUGGAGAAGAAGGCGAAAACAUUAUUGACCAAUACAUACGAGGGGGUCAUAAACGACGCUCCGCCGAUCAAAACUCACCCGACGGUACCGAAGGCCAAGGCCCCGUUGGUAACAGUGGCAUCAACUCCGACGAAUCCGCCAAAGACACCAAACAAGCGCGACAAGCCGUCAUGAACACCAAACGAUUACGCACUACCAACGUUGGCUUCGAUUGCUACAUGCCCCCCGCCGCAUCGAACUCGGAGACAUCGCCGUAA